AUGCAAUACAGUGAACUUUCCUUCGUGCCCAACACUUUCAUAGACCAAUCAGCUUGCACGUCCUGUGAGUUUCCCUUAGGAAAGGAAAAGUGGGCGGUCCUGUGUAAGACUCCGUAUAUAAGAUGGUAUUAUCAGUGUGAGAAUAGUGCAUUCACAAUGAAACUAUUGGUCACCAUAUCAUUGCUCGCUGCUGUAUGCACUGCUGUACCUGAUGGAUAUAGAGCUCCCGGAUCCUCUACUGCAGGGUUUUCUGGCGGAGGAGGAUUCUCUGGCGGAGGAGGAUUCUCUGGUGGAGGUGGAUUCUCUGGCGGAAGUGUAAUUUCCGCUGGAGGAAGUGGAUUCUCUAGUGGAGGAGUAAUCUCUGGUGGAGGAGGAGGAUUCUCUAGUGGAGGAGUAAUCUCUGGUGGAGGUGGAGGUUUCUCAGGUGGUGGAGGAUUCUCUGGUGGGGGUGGAGGAUUCUCAAGUGGAGGAGGAUUUUCUGGUGGAGGAUUUUCUAGCGGUGGAGGAUUCUCUGGUGGAGGUGGAUUCGCAAGUGGAGGAGGAUUUUCUAGCGGCGGCGGAUCUGGCAGAGGAUGCGGUCCUGGAACGGUCCUACAUGUGGAUGGAUCCUGUGUCUCCCCAGUAGUAUCAAGAAAAGUGUACCUCUACGACGCCCCUGCACAACCGUCCGUUCCAAGUGGUCCACCACCAAGGGUUCCACCGCCGAGGGUUGAUCACAAUAUCUUAUUUGUUCGUCUUCCGGAAGGAGGCGCAGGACCUGAGCCUAUUGUUAUCCCACCACCAAGGCAAGAGAAUAUCGUGUACGUCCUUAAUAAGGCUAGUGGAGCAGGAGGACAAGAAGUCAUCGAAGUACCUGCUCCUCCUGCUUCUAGUCCAGAAGUAUUCUUCGUCAACUAUGCAGAAGGAGAAAAUCCUCAACUCCCUAUCGGCGUGGACCUCCAGACAGCUCUUCAAGCAGCUUCCAGUGGAGGAGGACAAGUCAUCGGUGGUGGUUCAGGAGGGGGAGGAUUUGGAGGCGCUGGAGGACUGGGUGGCGGAGGAGGAUUGGGAGGUGGUUUUGGCGGUAGUGGAGGAUUGGGAGGUGGCUUUGGCGGUAGUGGAGGAUUGGGAGGUGGCUUUGGCAGCAGUGGAGCAGCCGGAGGAGGAUUUGUUGGAAGUUCGGGAGGCGGAGGAUUUGGCGGUGGGGUAGGACAAGCAGGAGGAGGAUUCGUAGGUGGCUUUGGAGAUAGCGGAGAAAUUGGCAUCAGCAUUGGUUCCGGUAGUGGCCACGUUAGCGCGCCGUCAAACACAUAUGGUGCUCCCUAAAGCAACUACCAGUGGAAAGGUGGCCAAUGGAUACUUUAAUCUUGCAUGAUUAAUCAUGGUUUUAUAUAAAUGAAACUAGUGUUCAGAAAUGCCACUGAUAUUUGUUGAUAUUGUUGUUGUUACA